AUGUCGUGGCUCCGAACGGCCGUGAAUAAGGCGGUGGAAGUUGGAAACCGCAAAAACAUCACACAAACCGUCAAAAACUAUGCAGACUCCGUCGUCCAGCAAGCCGGCCAAGCCGUCGCCGAAGGAGCCAAAUUGUUCCAAGACCGCAUUGGUGUUGGGGCAUUUAAGAGUGUUAGUCAGACGAUUCAGAGAUUGGAAGAAGCUGCAGUCUCAUAUAGAGGUCAUGAAAGAGCAUUGCUGAUUACCAGAUGGCUAACUGUGCUUAAGGAGAUCGAUAGAGCUAGUGAAAGUUCCGUGAAGGAUAAACAAAUGAGUUCAGAGGAACUACUUGCUUCUGAUGAAGCAAAGAGACGUGAAUGGGUUUUGUAUUACGAUCCAGAUAUAGGAGGUGAGCCACUAAACUUCCGUGAUGUUUUCCUGCAAAGUCAAGCUCUGGAGGGCAUCGUUCUGUCCAUGAUUAUUGAACCACCACACGAUGAAGAAGUUACUCUACUCCUGGAGAUGUUUGGGCUUUGUCUGAAUGGAGGGAAGGAAGUUCAUGAUGCCAUAGUCAGCAGUAUGCAGGAUCUUGCUACAGUCUUUUCGAGUUACAAGGAUGAAGUUUUGGUUAAGCAGGACGAAUUGCUUCAGUUUGCCCAAAAUGCUAUCACAGGGUUAAAGAUUAAUGCUGAAAUGCUGAGAAUUGAUGCUGAAGCUUCUGAUCUUAGAAAAAAACUCGAAAAGAUGAACGCCUCUCAGUUUCCACAGGAGAGUGAAGAAAAGGAACUUAAAGAGGCUCCUCUAACAAUAGAGGUUCUCAAAGAAACACUUGCAAAGAUUCGUCUUUGCUCCAGAUUAGAAGGGCUUCUAAUUAGAAAGAGACAACUAAGCAACGGUGAUUCACCAGAUAUACAUGCUCAGAAAGUCGACAAGCUCAAGGUGUUGUUGGAAUCUUUAGCAAAUUCAACCUCCAAAGCGGAGAAACGAAUAUCAGAGAACAGACUUCAGAAAGAAGAGGCACUAAAAGCUCGUGUGGUGAAAGCAACUGAAACCGGUGAAAAGGAAAAGGAAUUAAGUGCGGAAAUUUCACAACUUGAGAAACAAAGAGAUGAGCUGGAAGCUGAACUGAAGAGGGUUAAUAUAUCAUUAGCUGCUGCUCAAGCUCGGUUCCGUAAUGCGACGGAGGAGAGGGAUCAAUUUGGUGAAGCCAACAAUCAGAUAAUCGCUCACCUGAAAACAAAGGAGGAUGACCUGUCUAAAUCAGUUGUAGCUUGUAAGAAAGAGGCAGAAGUUAUCAAGACGUGGAUUAAUUUUCUUGAAGAUACAUGGCUUCUUCGAUGCUCAUACACCGAAACGAAGGAUAAAAAGACUUUGGACGAAUUGGAGAAGCAUGAGGAUUAUUUCUCGGAUGUGGCCUUUAAUAUACUCUCCACGUACAAGAAGGAGGUGUCACCUUUAAUAAGUCGUAUAGAAAAUUAUGUGGAAAAUCUGAAGAAUCUUGGUCCUGGGUCUGAGAUGCCACCAAAUGCAGAUCAGGUGGACAAUCAGGUUUCAAACCCGAGGAAAAGUCUGGAGCAGGAAUAUCUAGACUAUGAGACCAAGAUCAUCACCACCUUCAGCAUUGUGGAUAACAUGAAAGAGCAUUUCCAGGUUCUCCAAAGCAAACUAGAAAAAAAGGACGACAUGCGUGUGAAAGAGCUAUUUGAUGACAUGGAGAAACUAAGGCAGGAGUUUGAAUCAAUAGCAAGACCAACGUUAGAGAUAGAGAUUCCGUCACCUAAAAGCAGUGCUUCAACACCGAAAUCCCCCAAGCCCAGCAUUAGCAUGGAUGCUCCAACGGAAUCAUCUACCAUGACCCAAAAGCUAGAGUUGAGCAAUCCUCCCGUGGCACCACCGACUACUGCUGCUGGUUCCAGUCAGGAGUUCAACCCUGAAGCCGAACUAGCGGAGCUUGAAUCUGAAUUUGGUAAAGUUGUUCGUGAUUACUCUGCAGACGAGGUUGAUGGAUGGGAAUUUGAUGAACUCGAGAAAGAACUGCAGUAG